AUGAAUUUACAGAACUGUCAGUCAUAUACAAAUGUCAUUUAUAAAGAAUCAACUGGAUUCACACAUUAUUCUAAACAGAACCAAUUCCGUGGAAUUAUCGCAGAAGCCUUCGAACACCUCAAAGGGCUCAACCAUUUAAAUAUUUGUAAAUAUGUAAAUAUGCUAAGACUAGAAGGUAAUACAUACCUUCUCUUUUCCGAAGGUUAUUCACUAACUUUAAGUCAAAUAUUUCAAACACAAUGCGAAGAAUAUAUAAAAUCUAACUUCUAUACAAUAGUUAACCAGAUGCUAUUUGGACUGCAGUAUUUACACAGCUCAGGAUUCUAUCAUGGAAGGUUUUCAUUGGAUUGUGUGAGUAUUUCAGAUGAAGGAUUGGCUAAAAUCUCGGGAUACGGAACCAACUAUUUCAAUAAAAUAGUAAACUAUAUGAUUAAAAAUAGUUAUAAAGAAUCCAAGGAAUCAUAUGAAGAUAAAGAAGUGUAUAAAAAUUAUAUUAUGAAUCCAUUUAAUAAUGAUGAGAAGAAUGAUUUCAUUGAUUAUGUAAUCAGUUCUGAAUAUUUGACAAACCUUUUGCCUUAUAUGCCUCCAGAACUGAUAUUCUUUAACGGCUCAGAACCAAAAGGCCAUUUAUUCUGGUUUAACGUAGACAUAUGGUCGUUGGGGAUUUGUAUACUUUUCAUAAUGUCCUACGUGGUUUCAUCUAGUGAUUUGUAUAAUGGUUCAUAUCCAAACGGUAUUGAUGAUAAAAAUGACAAAAUAGGAAACUGUCAUUCUGAAGGAAAUAAAGGUAUUUCUAAGACUGAGGGGUAUUUUGAAAAACUCAAGAACAUGUUUAAUUCAUAUGAAUCAAAAUCAGUAUUCGUAGAAUCAUUCUUUUUUGUAACAUAUUUGCUUAUUUUAAUAAAUAAAUUCGAGUCGCAGGAACCCAUCUCUGCACUUGGUCUAGAUAUCGUAAAGAUAUUAAAUGAGAAGUUUAAAUUAUUUAUAAAAGAAAAUGAACCCUUGGGUGAUAUUGGAGUUGUUUCAGAAAUUUUUAAUAAAGUGAAUAAUAAGUGUGGAGAUUUAGAUAUUAAAGAAGAGGUGGAGGAGGAAAUUGAUCAAGACAAGAUAGGAUCACAAUCUGAGAGUUUAGUUGAGGAAUCACUCAUGGUGUCAAUUGAAAUUUUAACAGGAAGGGAAGUUUUGAGAAAUUUGAUAUCAUUUAACAAGAAAUCAACCUGGGGAAAUUCUAAUUGUGAUUCUUUUUUAAGAGAUUUGAAUUAUUUAUUGACAUUGGUCAACGACUGUUUGUUGAUAACGAACAGUAAGAGGCCUCAAGUAAUUGAGCUAAUUACGAAGAAUAACAUACUAAAGAUGCCACAAAGAAUAACCAAUGACUGUUUAGUAAAGUAUUCAUGGUUUACGUAUAAAGAAAAAACCGAAGAUAUAGAAUCGAUAAGUGAUUUCUCAGUGCCAUAUUCAGUGGAGUUGCUGAAAGAGUCUCAACUAAAUCUAUCCGAAUCAGGUUUCUUCCUUAGCCAAGUAGGCCUAGAGAAUGUACUGUACUAUUGGACACUGCUGGGAAACGAUCCAGGAAAUACAAUACCAUUUGAAUAUAAAAACAAAAUAAAUGUGGUUUAUGAAGAGAAUAGUUCUAAGGAAACAAAUUCCAAGCAAGAUUGUAAAACUAAGGUAAUAAGUAAUCUUGAGUAUUUUAGAAGGUAUAAAAUUGGGAAAGUGUUUCUAGGAGAAUUGAUUAACCACGUCAAACUGGCGAACCUAUUCCCCAUGGUAAUUGAACACCAGCUGAGACCAACGUGUGUUUAUGCAAGACAGCACUGCUUUAUUUAUCAGCUAUUAAGAAUAAGACGUUUCAAAAGACUCCUAAACAACCCAGUAGAGAAUAAAAGACAAAUUUUCGCAGAAGCAAUGAUAGAUAUUCCACCACUUCUAAGAAAACAAAUUUGGUGUAAUUUGUUAGAUAUAGUGUAUAGACCAUCGACAAAAGAAUGUCCAAUUAGUUCAAAAUAUAAAUUUGAAUCAAUGCCACCAGAUAUAGAACAGAACCUAAAUUUUUACAACAAUGACUUGCUCUGCUCAACGAAUAAUUUGAACCAGUUAUUGUCGAGUGUAGAGGACUUGAAAAGGAAAAUUAUACACCAACAAGUUCCAAAUUCAAUUUACUCAUUUGCAAUUCCUCUGCUACUUUUAUACCACAACUCCAAAGUGUACGCAACUGUUCUGAACAAGAUGUUCUCCAAAUAUUUAAAGGAAUUUUACUCGCCAACCGGUUCUUUUGUGAACAAUUAUCUGAGCGAAUUCAGCACAAUUUUGAAUUUCUUUGAUCCUGAAGUCUCAUAUCACUUGAGAACAAUAGGAGCGUACUCAGAUUCAUACGCUCUGCCAUGGUUCAUGUCUCUAUUUUCAGAAAACACAACGGUAGACCAGCUCUAUUUGAUAUGGGACUCAAUACUGGUCCACCCAAAACAAUACAUAAAGUUCCUGGCUGUGAUGAUUGUUCAUAACAUAAGGGAGAGGAUUUUGGGAAUUACUGAUGCAAGUGUGGCAAUCUCAUUCAUUUCAUGCGUUGUUGACUCACUGAACGUCCCAAUGCUAAUGUACUUAACGACACAUAUGUUCAACACAUGGAUUGAAGUGAUCAACCCGAAAACAUUAACAAAUAAAUAUAACAUGUUGAAUAAUCAGGAAAGUUUAAAUCAGAGUGAAGGAACGGGAUUCAAGUCGGAUUCAGAUACUUUUACACUGGAUAAGAACACAUUGGUCUUCCUCUCUGGAGAGUACCCAUUUGAAAGAUGUUUUAAGCUGUCAAUUGAUACCUUCUCUAACAUUUUCAACAACUGUAUCAUAAUUGACCUCAGGUCAAUAGAAUCAUACAAUUUGGGACAUAUACCAAACUCAGUUCAUGUAAACAAAGUCUUCUCAGCACUAUCUGAAACCGAUAAAAAGAUAGGAUCAAUAUCUAUCCCAAUAUUCAAUACUGAAAACAACACAGACUCAGAUUUUAAUGGUGUUGGAGGUCAAACCCAGGUAAUUUCAAGCUUAAUUGGGCUAAGAAACACAUCAAAAAGCCCAUGGUUACACAUUAAUACUCCUGAAAGUAAUAAAGUAGUCCUGGCGGCAGGAGAUGGAUACGACAACGAUAAUGAGAUGUUGUCGCUCCAGAGACUCAUAUUUGAGUUCAGAGUACAACACGUAUGCUAUUAUAGAAUUAACACAGAAGAAUGGCCGAAAGUCUUUACACUCUCUAAAAUAUAA